AAAAAAAAUAAGUAAAUAAAGAAAAGUAGAAUAAAAAGCUCUAUAAUAAUAAUUGCAGAUGCUUAUUAAAUAUAUUAAACAUUUGGAUAUAUUUUCUUAACCUUUCUCAUUUGAUACAUCGAAAAAUCAAUUAAGAAAGAGAACAAUUGUUGGCGCUUUUCUUUCACUAUCAGUGAUAACAGCUGCUCUUAUGUACUUCAUCUAUUUAACCUAUAUGUUUUUUACAAAUUAAAUGGAUCCAAAAUUUAGAUCACAGAUUUUUAUUACUAAUGAUGAUGUAAGCUUUCAAUUGUAAGAUAAUUUGUUUGCCUUUGCAUUCAAAAGAGUGGAUAUUGGCGUUUACUUGAGAGAAAUAGAAGCCAAAGAAAGUAAAACCUAUUUAACUUACCGUGGGUAAUAUAUUUAUAGAAAUGGGACAGAUAUAAGAUUUUUUAACGUAAGUAUAACAAAUUGCUAAGAUCCUGCUUUAAAGGGAUUUAAUUGCUUUGAUUUCUCAAGUUUAUCAAAUUAUUCUAUUGCGGUAGGUAAUAUUAACAAUGUCUUUUCUGAUUUACUCAUUUAUGUUUACAGAUGCUAAGAUACAGAUAUUUAAUAUCAUCCUAUGCCUGAAAAUUGUGCUGAUCCCUAAGAAAUAGAAGAUUACAUCAACUUGGUUACUGGUGUUGUGUAGUUUAAACUAUACACACAAUAAUAUAAUACAACAUCUAAAGAAUUCGAAAUUAAUUACAAAAAUUUUUAUAGGCUUACAUCUGGAGCAUAAAUGCAACUAUUCGAUUUCAAAGUACAAAAGCAAAUAACAAAAAUAAAUUAAGGAUUAUUAUUAUAAUCAGAAUCAGUUUAUUCUUCUCCAAUUUCUUAUGAGGAAUUUGAAGGAAGCUUUGAUUUUUAAAAUUAUGUUAAAACUACAGGAUAAAAGUAUUUCAAUAUGUAUGUUUUUGAAGUUGAUGAGGCAGUCAUGUAUACAUAAAUUUAAUUUCCUUCGUUUCCUGAGGUAUUAACAUUGUGCAAUAGUGCCAUCAGCCUCCUAAUGUGCUUAGGGUUUUUUGGUAGAUUUAUGGCAAAUAAAUUAAUAAAAUAAAAUUUAUUUGUUACUAUAUUAUAAAACUACUACUAAGGAACUCUUGAACAAAUGCUUUAAAAUAAUCAGUUAAAAUAACCCUUUAUGCAUUCUGAUUAAUUAGAUGAUUUUACGGAAUAAAAAGAUCUAAAUUAUAGUGAGGAUAAUAAAAGUCCUGUUUAAGUCCCAUGUCUGAAUGUUAAUUCUAGAUAAUUGGUUUUUUCCUCAUCAAUAAACCAAUAAACUGAACUUUUGUAGCAAAAUAAUGAUGAAAUUAAAGAGAACAAUCAUUUGACUUUUCAGAUACAUGAAAAAUAUUAAUAAUCAGAUUUACUUUAAAAUCAAAAAUUUGAAUAAAAAGCUCUUUAAUUAAUAGAAUGUGUAAACCAAGAAAAGGCCUAAGUAAAGUAAGAACUUCCCAUCAAGCUAAAAGAUCUUAAAAUAAGUGAAAGCUUAACAGAUAACUUUACGAACCCUAUUUCUAGUCCUGUUGGAUCAAAUGUAGAUAAAUUGCUAAAAUUUUAAUCAGUUAGGAAGAAAAGGAAAAAUUCUAAUGAAUAACUAAAGCUAAAAAAUACCGAAAUUUAAGGAAAUUACUGUAAAAAAAAAACUCUUGAGCCAAUAACGACUAAUGUAGGUAAUAUAGGAUAAAAAAUUAAAUCUCUAAAAAGUUAAUAAAUCUAGAAAAAAGUUGAUUCCAUCUUAUUUAGGUUCAAGAUGAAAAAAUCUAAAGGAUUGGAUCCAUAAAUAAUGAAAAGUAUUUCAGAAUAAGUAGACAAUAGCAUAGAUUUUUUAAAAUUUUACCAAGAAAUGAUUUUCAUUAAAAAAGCUAUAAUGAUGAUUUUGAGUGAAGAAUAAUUUGCUGCCUUGCAACUGGUAGGGUGCUCAGAUAGAUUCUUAAAAUUAAUUGCGAAUAAAGAUAUAUCGAAAAUAAAUGAAGAAAAAAUGAACCAUUUUGAAAAAUAAUUUGCUAUUUCGCUAUUUUAAGAUAUAUAAAUAUAAAAUGCUUAAUAAUUUUUGAAAAAUUGUUUGAAUUAAGAACAACUAUUGAAUGAAAUAGAUUAACGAAUAUAUUCUUCAUUAAUGUGAGUGAAUGAAUUCUUUUAUUUUAAAAUAUUUCUUUGUAAUUGAAUAAAUUCAAUCUAAACUAUCAUACUAUUAUUAAAAGUAAAUUCCACUUUUUAUGUUAAAAUAAAAAUAAGGAUGAUGAAAACACACAUUUCUUUUUAAAUAGCUGUCUGAUAUUUAUUAAUAUAUUCAUUCACAGUUAG